AUGGAUAACAAAGAGACAUAUGACUUUGACAGUAAAUGUGCAAUGCAUUAUAACAUUAAAGGUCCUGUUAAUUCAGUGGCACCACCCAUCUACACUAGUAGCACAUACUAUGUAGACUCUGCAGACCAUGGAGCAGUGUUGUGUGCUCAAGACAAGCCUACUGAUGGCCGUUCAGAAUGGUUGUACACUAGAUGGGGCAACCCUACCAAUGAGAUACCCGAGAGAAUGAUCACCCAACUCGAAGGUGGCUAUGCAACCAUCCUCACAUCAUCGGGUAUGGCAGCCAUCACAUCGUCGAUUCUGGCUCUACUCAAGACUGGCGACCACGCUGUCUUCUCGGUCAAUAUCUAUGGUGGCACCUAUGAGUUUAUUACAGACCUCUUGCCAAAGAUGGGUAUCUCGGUCGAUAUCGUCGAUCCCCGAGACAUUAACAACUACGCAUCCAAAAUCAAAGACAACACCAAAUUAUUGUAUGGUGAGACACCUGCCAACCCAACACUCAUCCUCACCGACAUUGCAGCACUUGCAGCACUUGGAAAGCAACAUGGUAUCCCAACCAUGGUCGAUUCUACCUUUGGCAGUGUAUACAAUCAAAAGCCUAUUACUUAUGGUAUCGACAUUGUGUUGCAUUCUGCCACCAAGUACUAUUCAGGUCACACUGAUCUAGUAGCUGGAACCAUUACUUGUGCCUCAGCGGACCAUUACAAACACAUCUCUCAUUACGUUCGUUUGUUGGGUGGUACUCCAUCACCAUUUACAGGAUACCUUUUACAAAGAGGUAUAAAGACACUUCACCUUCGUAUGCCUCGUCACAAUGAGAAUGCAUUGACUAUUGCAAGAUUCCUAGAGAAACAUCCAAAGAUUGAAACCGUUCAUUAUCCAGGCUUGGAAUCACAUCCACAACAUGAAUUGGCAAAGAAACAAAUGCAAGGUGGAUUUGGUGGUAUCAUUGCAUUUACAGUCAAAGGUGGUGCCGAAGCUGGUAGAAAGGUAAUUGAAAGUGUUCAGUUGAUUACACUUGCCGUAUCACUUGGUGGUGUUGAAUCAUUGAUUGAACAAGCAUCUACCAUGACUCAUAUCAUGGUACCCAAAGAAGAAAGAGAACGUGGUGGAAUUGCCGAUGGUCUUCUAAGAUUCUCUGUUGGUUGUGAAAAUGUUCAAGAUUUAAUCCAAGAUCUUACCAAUGCUUUAAAUCAAGUAGUAGUAUAA